AUGGCCGAAUCCCCUGUCGCUGAGCCCGCCGUGGGUCAAGAAGUUGCCCUCGUGUCGGAGGAGCAAGCGGAGGAGCAACAACAGCUCGAACCGGUCAAGAAAACUAAGAAGAUUAUUCGCAAGAAACGCCGCCCAGCUCGCGUUCAGGUCGACCCUUCAGAAAUCAAGUCUGAACAGCCCCCGCAGACUGGAGACUUGUUCAAUAUUUGGUACAGCAAGUGGUCUGGCGGUGAUCGCGAAGAUAGAUUUGGAUUGAACACACCUGCACCGACGAGAUGCGACCCAGUCAAGGAUUCGGGAUACACCAAGGCGGACCGUGUGAAUGGGUCAUACUUCUGUACUGUGAAUAUCUUCAUCGACUACCGGAACUUCAUGACCUCUUCAAUCCUAACGUGGAUUGUUUCGGCCGCGAUAAGCAUUCAGAUUACAGAGAUGAUAUGGGCGGUAUUGGAUCUUUUCACCGACAAAAUCGCACCCUUUACGUCGGACGGAUCCAUGUCUCAGUAUGUUUAUUUGGCAUUCAUCUGUUGGAAGACACAAGAAGCUAACAUGUAUAUUCUCAUAAAGGAUGCAAUUGAAGAAGCUGUGGCCCGUCACUUUGCGCCUUGGGGAGCUGUUCAACGGAUGAGAGUUUUAUCAGGCCGUGGAGUUGCUUUCGUAACAUAUAUGAACGAGGCCAACGCCCAAUUUGCCAAGGAAGCCAUGAGCCACCAAGCUUUGGACCACAAUGAGAUCCUGAACGUAAGAUGGGCAACAGUAGACCCCAAUCCAGCGGCACAGAAGCGCGAACAGCGUCAAUUGGAAGAGCAAGCCGCCGAAGCAGUGCGCCGCGCUCUCCCAGCCGCAUACGUGGCCGAGCUCGAAGGCCGAGACCCCGAAGCCAAGAAGCGAAGGAAGAUCGAGGGCACCUUUGGCUUAGAAGGAUACGAUGUUCCAGAUGAUGUGUGGCGCGCUCGCACACGCCAGCUAGAGUCGGCACCCGCACCCGCUCAGCUUGAGGCACCGGAGCAGCAAUUGAUGAUUGAGGAGCCCACAUACGCACAACCUGAGCCCGAGCCCGAGGCCCAGAAUGGCUUUUUCUCCAGUGCGACUGUGGCUGCGCUCCGUGGACUUGCAGGUGGUAAUGUUACGACACAGGCUACGUCCAAGCCAUCCGGAGGGCCGUUGGUCGCUUACGGAAGCGAUGAUGAGAGCGACUAG